ACACCCGCCUAUUAGUUAUGUAGUAUCGCGUAAUCGCUUGUCAAAAGCAAGACCACGGCUGGGUGUCGUGUCUGAAACUUCUGCAAAGAUGGUCCUGAAAGCUGUUUGCGUUUUGAAGGGAACUAGCGACACUAGUGGGACAGUUUAUUUUGAACAGGAGAAUGACUCAGCCCCUGUGAAGCUGAAAGGAGAAAUCAAAGGCCUUACCCCUGGUGAGCAUGGUUUCCAUGUCCAUGUUUUUGGAGAUAACACAAACGGGUGCAUUAGUGCAGGUCCACACUUCAAUCCCUACAGCAAGAAUCAUGCUGGACCUAAUGAUGCGGAAAGGCAUGUUGGAGACCUGGGGAAUGUGACUGCAGGAGCAGAUAAUGUUGCCAAGAUUGACAUCACGGACAAAAUUAUCUCCCUCACAGGUCGUGACUCCAUCAUUGGAAGAACUAUGGUGAUCCACGAGAAGGCUGAUGACCUGGGAAAAGGAGGAAAUGAAGAGAGCCUGAAGACCGGUAAUGCUGGUGGACGUCUGGCCUGUGGAGUCAUUGGAAUUACCCAGUAAUCAACUUAACAGAACAUGAAGCACUGAGUUUAGUUUUGUUUUUCAUAGAGCACUUAACAAGACCAAUAGAGCUACUUGAUGUGACAGUUUGUCCUUUUCAGUUCUCUGUGACUUUUAGUCACCAGUGAAGUAGAUGAGCUAUGCUUUGUCCUGUUUGUUCCUCAUGACAAUUGUAUGAAUGGGGUUAUGUUUCCAGGUGAGCAUCCCAAAGAAUUGGUAACGCACAAGUGAUGAACAAUUGUAUACUUAAGGAAAAAAAUAAAUAGUUCAUCUAA